AUGGCAGCCGCCAUCCUUGAUGCCGACACAUUCGAUCCGCUCAUUCCUAGGGUGGCCCAACAAGCUCUCACGCGGUCACCCAUUCGACUGCCCUGGCAGGCCCGCAUCUUGCCAUUGGGUAUGUUCUUCAGAUCUGUAGCCACGGUGAAUGACUAUGGCGGCGGCAAUCCGUUUGCCCCACAGUCAGCCUUCGACGCGAAGUCCCUCAGCUCGACACCAGUCAUGUUCACUGCAUACGAUGGCAAUGGCAGCUUCAGGUCUUCCGAAGCGACAGGCUCCUCUACAUCCACAGACCAUCUCGGCGUGGGGGGUGGCAUUGGCGUUGAUCUGAUUUUCCUCGAGGCUAGCGUCUCCGUCCAGUAUGAUCGAGACGUCCUGACCAACAGAGACUCCGCCAAGGUCUCGGUCACGACGAGUUAUCGCGCCGGAUCGGUGGCCUUUGCGCGUCCACCUGAGCUUUCGGAGGAUGCGUUCCGGGUUCUCUACAGCAAGGGCCUCGAUGAGUUCAAGGCAAUAUUUGGCGACUACUAUGUGGGCGGUUACCGGAUUGGAGGCGAUGCAUCGGUCCUCUUCAGCACGGAUGCAAGCUCGCGCAGCGAGACGGAGACUAAAUCGGUGAAACUUAGCGUGGAAUCGUGGUUUGGUGACUAUCACAAGGAGUGGUCGAGCAGUUCAACGCGCACGGAGCACCAAGCAGAGGUUCGUGUGAGCGCGUACUCGACCUUGGAGCAGGCAAUCAUCGGCGAGACCGUGAAGCUGGGCACAGCAAGGUUCCAGGCGGUAAUCGAACAAGGACGGGGGAUCCACCGGCGUGCGCAGGGGCUGGACGACAGCAUAUCGAAACUGUUGACUCAAAUUGGGGUGAGAAAGGGUGGGCUGGUGACCCAGCAGCAGUGUAUGCAGCUGUGCCAGAGUGGAGUUGUUGCUGAGCUUCUGUUGAUGCCUGUGGAGUGUCUGCGGCAGGUCCGGCAUUGGACACUCAUGCACCAGUAG